AUGGGUUUCGCGGUGGUACCCAUUCGAGAGGGCAGGGCCAGAGCACCUUCUCCUGAGUCCCCGUUCCCAUUCUCGGCCCACAGAUACUGUGAAGCCAGUAAAAGAAAACAGCCGGCUGAUCGGCUGAGCAGCUCCGGCGCGCUAAGGGCAUGGGCUCGCGGAUCGGGAGGAGUGAGCUGUCAGAAAGCGCGGCUCCGGGCUCUGGCGGCGCUGGGAGAGAGAGAGUCCGAGGGAGUCCCCAGCUCAGCUCAGGAGGCCUCUGUGAGCAAGUCUGGCGGGCUCAGAGAGGACACUGCUUGGGGGUCUUGGGAUGCGAGCCGCAUCUCGGCGUCCACAGAGCCGCGGGGCCGCUGGGGAGCCCGGCAAGUUUGCAACCGGCACCGCGCUUCCCGGGGCUGGAGGAGCCACUUGUGGGAAAGCCGUGAGCUGGGGCUCUCGCAGCUGAGUCGUGGCCCGCUGCCCCACUGCGGGGGUCGCCCCCCGUGUCCUCGGGAUUGGGGCGGUGCAGCAAGCCAGCCAGAGGGCACCCUCACCACCACCACCCCGCUCCCCUUCGCCUCCUUUCUGCUCCGGCGGGCACUUGCCUCUCAGCCGGCGGCGAGUGCUUCCCAUUCACCGCACGGACCCCGCAGUGAAGGCGCGCGGCUGCCCCGGGGCCUGCCUAUGUCGCCAGGCGGCGAAAUCGCCAGGCGACGGCAAGAAAGGGAGCCCGGCAGGAAAGCUGGAGGGGCACAGCCUGCUUGCUUCUCCCCGGGAUCUGCUGUCAGAGCAGGUUGCAAAAAUGGUCAGAGCGCAGAGGCAGGUCUACCACUUGGAAAUUCGUGUAAGCGGGCCCCCUCCCCGCCCCCUCCCUGCCUCCCCCCACCGGCGCUCUGGCGCGCUCGCUCCUCGGUUCUCGCCCGCUACCAAGUGGGCGCACAACUUUUCGCUCCUCGCUCUCGAGCGCGCCCCGCGCGUCUCCGCCUCCGGAGCCACUCGGGGAAGAUGCGCCCUUCCGUGCGGUGCGUGCGGCCCGCGGAGGGCCAGGCUCCAGGGGAAAAGGGCUGGCAGACUACAAAAGGAUGCGGACGAGUGUACCCGCGAGCUUUCUCUCUGAGUCUUCCCGGAGCUCUGGUGCUAGCGAGAUCUUGA